UCGGUAAUGAGGAGACAAUACACCAGAUUGUUGAAAAAGUUCUUUGGGAAAAUAUAGAAAAACUUUCCAAGUUAGAUUAUGAUGAAUUUAUCCAAACAUGUAUAUGGAGACCUAAAAAGGAAGGUAAGCAGGAAAAUAUUUCUGUAGAACGGUUUGUUUCACGAAUAGAGGCUAAGUAUUCUCGUGAAGUAUUGGAAAAUCAACAGCUUAUAAAAAAGGGUUUACCAGCUAACGAGUAUCUAUAUAAAGUUCCCAAACCUGGUGAACGAUUUAGUUACAUUGUAAUAGUACCUGAAGAGAUUUAUAAUAAUUGCGGGAAAAAAAUACCACAACAAAAAGGAGACUGUAUGGAAUAUCCAGAUGUGAUAAAAAAGUUCAACAAGAAAAUAGAUAUUGAUUAUUAUAUCGAAAGUCUAUUUGCUCUCUGCGUCCGUUUUAUAAAUUAUAAUGAUAAAUACCAACCAUCACCUGAAUCUCUCUCAAAAGCCUUGGAUC